GUUGUUAACCCCACCGGUUGCUGACAUAUCUGAAACGCGUGUGGGGAGUUCGGCUCCGGGAGCUCGCCUCCGCACCCCCACGCCGAACAUACGCGUCCAGGGGGUCUCGCGCCUUUGGUCGGUAUUUACCGCGAGACCCGUGGCAAUUUUGCGCCUCUCCACGAAGAAUUACCAUGUUUGUGAAUAAUACCAAGCGUCGGCCUUCUGCCGGGGUGGAUAUUCUAUUGUUUGAGGACAAGUAGAAUGACGAUGCGACUGGACCCGUGGCUGGAUUUUCUCCGAGCUAGACUAACGCUCAUUGACAGCUCACCGCGCAUCGCAGCAUAUGGCAACUCAAUCUCAGCUAAUCUGCCCUCAUUAACAGUGACCACAUAACCAGUGCGCAGGUUCGCACGCAGUUUCGGCCCUGACGUGCUGUGCCUCCGGGAACGCCGUUCGUCUGGUGAUUUUAUAGUUUUCUCCACCUACCGUCCCCGUGCCUUGACUCGAGGCACGUGUUAUUUCCAUCGUGGGACACACGGUGGGCGGCUUCCCCUCUCAGUUCAGCACUGCCGCUGCUAGGGACUCGGCCGGUCCCUCUCUGCCCCUUGGCAGGCGCGCAGCGAUGACGGGACGAGUGGUGGGAGAUUUUUGGCUUGCAACUAUAUAUGGCGGUCUGGCAGGGCACAUCAGGCCAUCGUUCAAUAAUUUCUGCGAUUCCGAGGUCGCAUCAGCUUAUAUCUGGUGGAACGACAAACCUUUUCGCUGCUAUAAUUGGGCUCAACUUUUGAAGCACUCCUCAGCUCCCUUGCUCCCUCGACGCACCCUCACUCCCACACCAUGUCCAGCAAUCUCUCUUUUUCUCCCUAUGGCUACACCCCCACCCUAUAUGUUUGCGCGAUCUACGUCGCCCUUUUCUCUCUCUCAACUUUUCUACACUUCUUCCAGUCUCUUCGCUCUCGGCUUUGGUGGCUUCUUCCCACACUCGUAGCGGGAGGCACAGCAGAGAUUAUUGGCUGGAGCGGACGCCUAUGGAGCGCUAAAGAGCCGAAUAACCUGAACCCCUAUCUCAUGCAAAUAACCACCACAAUCAUGGCACCAAGCUUUAUGACCGCGGCAAACUUCUUAAUCUUGGGAAUCAUUAUCUCCCGCUUAGGGGUUCAGUACUCGCGCCUUUCUCCACGAGCAUAUUCGAUUGUCUUCAUCACCGCCGACCUCGUUGCCCUCAUCGUGCAGGCUAUUGGAGGUGGUAUGGCCUCGGUCGCCGUACAAAACGAGACAAAAGGGAAGAGCGGUAACCCGGAAAACGGCGCGCACAUCAUGGUGGGCGGCAUCAUAUGGCAAAUGGCGGCAAUGACGAUCUAUGUCGUCCUGGCCCUCGAGUUCUUCAUCAGGGUACGAUUGGACAAACCUGUGAGGCAACUUCCCGACGUGCUAGGAUCUUCGCGCACAGACGAGAGCUCGUCGGUCGAAGGGGAGAAGCGGAAGAGCCGAUGGGGCAUCAAGGUGCAUGUCCACCCACACGUUGAAGCCGACACCGCGCUCGCAGCCAAGGUUCGCACGCACGGGUUCGGUUUUGCCGAAGGCUCCAAGCUUUCUCUCGUCAUGACUGCCCUCUUCCUCUCCACUUUGCUCAUCUACAUGCGGAGCAUUUAUCGUACGAUCGAGCUGCUUGAUGGCUGGACGGGAAGGAUCAUCACGACCGAGCUCUACUUCAAUGUUCUCGACGCGAUGCCUAUCACUCUCGCGAUGUUUACGAUGAAUUUGUUGCAUCCGGGAUGGUUGCUCUAUGGCAAGGACACUGGAAAACACCCCCAGGGUGGGUUCGAAAUGAUGGAGACUGAUGUGCAGGCCGAGAGGGAGCAUGAGGAAGUAUAACUUCGGAUGGCAUGAGGGGCAUUAGAGUCGGCGGCCAGAAGGCUGACAAGUGAGGACAAUGAAUGUCAGAUGUAAUAAUGAUCAGGAACGACAAUAUGUCUUCUAGCAUCUACUGUAGAACUAGUCCUCUAGAACGUAUUGCAUACAAUAUUCAAU